AUGGAUUCUAUGUUCAUUAGAAAAAAUGCAAAUUGUUUUUUAUUAUUUGAAUUAAACGAUAAAGAUUUAUCUCAAAUCAUUCAGUCGAAAAAUCACGGAAUGGACAGAGAUGCAUUUAAAAAGACGGGACCCGAAACAAGAAGAUUACAAGAUGUGGAAAAAUAUUUAAAUAAAGUUAUUCCUGAUGAAGAGGAAUCAGAUGAUUAUGCAGAAGAUUAUCCACCAAUCAUACGAGAAAUAGACGAAUUGGAGGAGGAGAUAGCUAGAGAAAACAGUGGACAAGGAAUAACGUUUUUAUUCGACAACAACGAGGAACUACUUAAUAGAUUAGAAAUAAUAUUAGCGGCAAUGAAGGAAGGACAUCGAUCACACAGACAAUAUAAUGAAGUAAAUUGUAUAUUAAAAAGACUCCUAGAGAAAGGUAUUAUAGAUAAAAAUGAUUAUAAAAGCGUGAUUAAAAAUGUCAAAUAA